CAACGAAAGGUUUUUAUUUUUUAAAGGCACUAUUUUCCAAUUAUUUUUGUCGGUUUUCAUUUUUCAUGGCCACAGAAAAUGUCAGAUUUUGGGACACAUAGAACAUACAACAUAUAGAAAAGACAAUGACUUUCACAUUUCUACCCGUGUUUAAUGUACACCUUCCAAAUUAUGUUGAAGUACAAAUUAAAUACGAGUAAAUGGGCUUUUUCCUUCCUUUCUUCAAACGAGGAGGUGAACCAACAAUCUCCAUCCUGUGGGUUUUAAGUCCCUGUCACUAUUUCACCAUAAUUCUGUCCAAAGUUCAAUAUAUCCACCUUAAAUAAGUACAACGUUGUUUUCUAGUAAUGGGAGAAGAUGUAGUUCUUUUAAAAGUACUAAUUUGUGACUAUUGAAGUUUAAGAAAUAUAUACAAUGAUAUACGACACAAUAAUUAGUUUGUAUGUUGUGUAUCAUCCAGCUGAGCCAUACUGUUAGUCAGCACUUUGUUGUAGCUUUGUUGCUGAAGCUACAACCUCAAGAUGAAAGAUUAAUGUGAGCAAGAAGAAAGUGAUAUGGGCACUGGAAUACCAAAGGGAGAAGUGAUAUUUAUUGAUUGAUUUAUUAUUUGUUCUUAACAAGAGAAAUCCAGGUUCAAGCAGCAGGUCUGUCACUCUGUCACUCUCCUCUGUUGGCGUUGAAGGCUUAUUGUAUUUGAACACCUUGAUAGGACAAAAUAUAUUAGAAUGGGACCCAUACGUACGGUUGGGUAGUUGAUCCCCGGUUACUCUUUAACCCCCUCUCAUAAGUAUUCACAAGAGAAAAAAAACAAUCUUUAGUCCUUUGAAGUCUAACAGCUAACAGAAGCAUUCAAAACAUUCUAAGUCAGUUAUCAGCGCUCUUUGCCUAUAAGAAGGCUGCAUUAAAGUCCAGUGAGUAAUAUAUAAAAAGAUGGGAUGAAAAGAGGAGUUAGACAUAUGAACAGUAGAAGUGUGUAAAACAAGGAAGGCUGCUGAAGGAGUCAGUAGAGUAGAUCCAGAAUGACAAGCCAAAAGAAGAAGAAUAAUAAUGUGUCCACUGCCUCUGAUAGUGCCAGUAAUACAGACGCAGAACACUACCACUGUUCUUCUGACUUCAGUGAAAUUGAAGAGGAUUCCUCGACAGGAAAAACCACCGCUAAUGAAAUUGAGAUUUUAGAUGAUUCAAACAAAGAUGAGACCAAAAAAACGACUUCUCCUGAAAGCCAAACAAUCGGCAGCUGCUUAAAAGGUGACCUUUGCUACAGUGACCAGAAUGACGUCGACGAUGGUUUUGUGAAUGACCUUCACAAAUCAAGUAGGACUGACGCAGUACAAGAGAGUAACCCUCGUAUCAGUACGGAUGGCUUUGGGCUCCCAGAAGAUGAGGGCAGAAACAAACACGUAUUUAAAAAACCCACAGACACGUGCAGUUCUCCCACCAAAUACCACUCCCACUCAGAGAAAGAUACGGAUGCUUUUGUAACGGAAUUCCCCAAAUCACUUGAAAAGAAAAGUGAUUUAUUAAAAGCUUUAAACUCUAGAAACAGAAUCCUGGAUUUUGGGGAUUUCGACGAUGCUGGCAAAAGGACAGGGAAGAAAUUCAGCUGUAACUCUAAAAGAAAUCCUCUAUUCUUUCCUGAUAUGUCAGCAAAUGUUCAAGAGAGACAUUACAGUUCCAGCAAAUGUACUGGCGAUUCAGUCAGUAGUAGAAAACAAACGUCCACUGUGAGUGACGUUGAGCUGUCAAGUGAUGAUGGGGAGGACGAGUCCGUGAGAGAGAGAGUCUCGUUCCAUAAAACAAGAAACAACAUCAACAGUCACUUAAAAGGAGACCACCAUCUUUAUUGCACUGAUCUCAGUGAGGUGGAUGAUGAUUUUGUGAACGUGCUCCAGAAAACAAGAAAAAGGCGAGCGGAGAUUUUCAAGGCAGGAAGAUCGACACCCAGGAUCAAAGACUUUCAUCGUUCAGAGGAAACUGAUAGAAAUAACUUGUUUGUGAAAAAUCCAGACAUAUAUAGUCCAGGGAACGCUGACCGAUACUCCCACUCUGAUGACGAUGAAGAAUUUUCCUUUGAGGAACUUCUAAAAUCCCAAAAUAACAGUGGGAAAACGAGUGCCUGUGACCUCUCAGGUGAUGAGGUCAUGAAGACAGACACGUGCCCGAAGAGUCACACUUUUAGUAGACCCCCCAAAACAGACCAUAACUCCUGUUCUAACAUUUCUGAAGCUGGAAAUGAUUCUGGAAAUGAAUUCCCUGUUUUAAGAAAAAGUCAGCCACAUGAUUUCAGAGACGUAGAUUCAUCAGGUUCUGGGAUCAAUAAAGUAAACCUAUCAAUAUACAUAUCUAUUGAUGACAUUGAGUUUGCUGACAGGGAAGGAUUGAAGAACUAUGAGAAAAACACUGGUUUCUCAGAAGCAAAUUGCCACUCCUGUUGUGACAAGAAUCCGUUUCUGGAUGAAGAAAAUAUCCCUGGAAUGUUUCAGUCUGGAAAAUCUGAUAUUCAGUCUUCGAGUGUUGGAAGACAGACAUCAGAGUUCACACCUGGUGCACAUAAGAAUAAUAAUAAAAAUAAUGUAUCAGAACCUGACUUUCACAGCAUGCCCACAGGAGACGCAGUUACAGAGAGUGACCAACAGGAGGCCCUUCAAGAGACCAAGCAUGAAAGAUUGAAUGUUUCAGAUAAUUUGUUGAAAGAAGCUUUAACUCCUGGGAGACUUCACACUCCCUCUGUAUCCACCCCCUCUUCUCAAUUACCCAGUCACCAGGCUUCUUCAAACAAAGACUUUCACUCCGUUAAAUGGGUUUCUGAAUUUCCACACAACCCAGAACAAACACCCAGCACAGUGACUUCAAGUGCUUAUCCAAAAAUCCAUCAAAUCAACACAAAUGAAAACCUUUUAAUCCAACUGAAGUCCCCUAAGCCGUGGUCCAGUGAAGUGAAAUCAAAGUAUCUGGGAACUCUUGCUCUUUUGGAUCAACAGGUUUCACUAGAGAAGUCGGAGCCACUAACAGCCAAUUUGCUAAGAGCUGUCUAUUAUCACAGAUGGCUGACCAAGAAAAAUGAGAAAUCAAAAGAGAACAUGUUAACAAAGAAAGAUGAGGAAGAAAGAAAGAAACAGGAGAACCAAGCCAAACGGGACGCUGCUGUUUUGUCAUAUGAGGCUUGGGAGAAAAAGAAGAAAAGUCUUGAAGCAGAGAGCAAAAAAAAGCAGGAAAUGAUGAGAGAAGAGAAACAAGUCUGCAGUAAACAAGUCGCUGAAAGAAGACAAUCUGCUACAAAGGCAUAUGAAAGACGGAAACAGGAGUGGGACCGGCAACUCAAACAGAUGUACAGACAAAAGAAAGAUGAAGAAGACAUUCAGAAACGUAAAAGCCUUGAUGAGAAAUCUGAAAAAAUGCAGUCGAGCAAAAAAGCAUUUGACAAGUGGAAACAUGAUCAUGAUCUUCUCCACAAAGAGAAGAGGAGGAAAAAGAAGGAAGCGGAGGACAACAUCAAACUUAAACAGGAAAAUGAAUGGUUAGAGAGAAAAAUAAGGAAUGAAACUGUUUUUCAUGAAUGGUGUGAAAAGAAGCAUGUCGGUGUAGAGCGCAAAAACAUGAAAUCAAAAACACAAGAGGAGAAACAUCGCUUAAAAGAAGAAAGAGACCAAGUGGCUCUAAAGGCGUACGAGGACUGGCUGGCCAAAAAAGACCUGAAAUAAGGGAUCAUAAGGAUGUUUUAUCCAUCAUCACUAUGAGCUCUUUUGAGAAAACAAGUUUUGGAAUAUUUUAAAAUGUAUUCCCAAAUGUCCAACUUAGCUGUGUUGUAUUUGUUGCUGUUGACUUUGAUACUCUAAUAAUCAUUUUAAAUAAGUGUUUCCUUUUUAACACAGACAUUCCAUGUGUUUGGCUAAGCAUCCAUUAUCGCUGCUGCACCGUCACCAGAGUGUGGAUGAAAAAAAUGAAGAGUUAACAAGAAUGACAAAAGAUAACCAUAAUAUUGUAUCCAUGGAAUAAGUAGUUAUAGAAUGUAAAACAUUGGUUUUUGUUGUCUUUUGCUAUUUAAAAAACCAAUACAAUCUGCCUUUUUUGAUAUAUAAAUGUGUGGAUACCAGCCAUGGGAAUCAUAAACACCUUUUAGACUCCUCCCUCCUCCUCCCCUCAUCUUGGUCUUCUUCUCGUCUCUUUUAAAUAUAUAUUCUUGAACUGACACUGGAUGGUAUGUUGGAAUAAUGGAUAAAUGUUGGAAUAAUGUUGGAGGAAUAA